GUCCAUAGAUUUCAUGCUGCAAUUGGGGAACUUGUCAUAGAAUGGGGACAAAAGGUGACCCUCAACAUUUCAUCCUUGCAAUAAAGAAAUAUCAUUUCCAAUAGCAGAAUUCUAUAGUUUUUCUAUGUUCUAAACGUCAGAGAAUCUAAUCAAAUUUAAUACACAUUUACUUCAAAACACUUACAUCUGACACGGGCGGUCCUUCGACUGUCAUAGAGACCAAAUGCUCACCCCUCAACAAAACCAAACCUAGAACCCUUUUCUCCUCUUUAUCCGCGCCUUUACUGCUUUUUGACUUCACUCUUCUGAACUCAUCACAAUCACCAAGUAUUAAAUUCAUGUGUUUGUCAAAAGCUAAGAAAGAUCCGAUAAAAACACGUCCAUCUUGAAGAGUGCAUCGCAUGCGAUAAUUAAUAUGCUGCAAUAUUUUUGAACUUUUCCCAAUUGGCUGUAAAUAAAUAUCAGAAAUAAACAUAUAUUAGGACAGACGAAGGAUCUGGCUAUCAAUAUUUCGCGACAAAACGUACCAUUUUUGUUUCUUUGAGGCGGAUGCAAUGCGAUUAAAAAUAUCUUUGACUUCGAAAAUUUUCAAAACGAACGCCACUUGCACGUCUUCUACAAACACCACUGACCACAGCUUGCAGGCGUCAAAAUAAUCAAUUUCAAUAUGGCGGCUGUUUCGUCAUCUGAAGAUUCGAGCGAAAAUACGAGAAAUUCUAGAUCUGUUUUAGGCGAUCUUUUGUCAGAGUUGCAUCUUGAUUUCUGUGCACAAGAUUUUGCCAGUUACAUGAAAGUCGACGUUUCUUCCCAGGUAAACAAGGUUAUUAUGCGGCUUGUGAGACUUGGUCGAAAUUGGGCAAUGGGCAAAUUAUAAAUCAUAUUUGAUCUGUAAAAUCAUUAUUAGAAGAGGUAUAAAACUCACUAAAAAUGAUUUUCUUGCUUAAUAUUCAGGUUAAAACCUAUGAAGAUAUAAUCGAAGACAUGUUAGUUCGUUUAGAUGAAUUUUGUCAAACUGCAGAUAUGGUUAGUAAAAUAAUCAAUAGAGUCAAUUAGAAGUACAAUUAUACAUCAAAUUUGCAUUACAUGUAAAUAUGUUCUUAAUUGACUGCUUUUUGUUUGUAUCGAUCAAUGUAUGUUUUCAUUACGCAUGCGCAUACUAUCUAACUACUGGUAGAUAGACCUCCCACAAUCCUGACAUUGUUGUUGGCAGUAUAAAAUAUUUCGUCAUAACUAGUACCCAGUAACGUCCUUAUCGGGGUCGAGCGUCUGUUCAAUGAUCUCUGGUGAGAACUGCGUUGCUGACACCCUUCUACAACAUUUUCUCACCAAUAUGGCAACAUGUUUGGUGAAAUUUUUGGAACUUCCUAAGGAAGUUUUACAAAAUCCAGCAAAAAACAAAUUUCAUCAUGAAGUACCUAGUGACAAAACAGUAGAACCCCUGUCACUGGUGUGGGUAACCCUAAGGAUAUUUGCUUAAUUGAGACUCAAGCAGUAAUUUCACAUUGUUUAGAUCCGCAGCGAAUCAGGAAUGUUCAUGACAGAUCUCCUACCAAGAAUAGUUGCACAAAGUAAAGACCUUCCAGCCAUGUUUGAAAAGAUUGACCAAUUAGAGGUCAGUAGCACUUAUAUGCAUUUUUGUCUUCCAUAAUUUUAAUUAAGCCAAUUAGAAUGCAAUAUGACAAUUCAUUCUUGUGAAACCUUUUCAGAGAUUUGUUGUAGUUGUACAAAAAAAUGUUGACCAACUUGAAGAGAAAGUGAAUAAAGCAGAGAAAGAUCUUGGAACAUCUACAGUCAGUACAGUAAGAGGAUUACUUGGCUCUCUUCCAAUCAAGAGAUUUCGACAGGUACAACACAACAACCAUCACUAGAUUGUAGAUUGUUUGUUCUAAUGUGGAUUUAGAACUAAAAUUUUAUUCCACUUAUUGUUAUAGAAAAAGGAAGCAACAAAGCCAGCUGAUGUUCAGUGGACUCCAGUAGUACUAACAGACUUAAAACAAUAUUUUGAAAAAGAUCAAGCUAGAACAAUGGAUACAAAUAAUUCACAAUACCAUACACCAACUGAAGAAAAUAAUAUUUAAAUGAUCUUUGUAUACUAAUUAAACUUAAAUUAUUGCUAACUAAGUUUAUUUAAACCUUGUUCCCAAUGUCUUAAAGACAAUAUAAUGGCUAGUCUCUAUAAAGUGUCCAUGAAGCCAAGGAGUAUGUAUAACUACACACACUGCAAUGUUUAUCACCAUCUUGCAAACCUGUUGCAUGACAAUGUGUACUUCCCAAGAUUGUGCAAACAUGUGUCUCCUAUAGCCAUUAUGGUCUAACCAUAUACUUUAACAAUAAAUACAAUAAUUCUGGUGUACAUAUAUAAGCCAAAACUGUUUAUAAAUUUAUCUAAAUUUUCUGUUGGGGUGCAAGAGCAACAAACUAUGACACUACAAUAACUCGUACAUACAACUAGUUUGCUCUGAGUAUUUCUACUUCAUGGAUGUUACUCCUCACACCUGAACUCUGUAUUAAUUUAAACAUCUUUUCAAUAUACAACAACUAUCAAUACAAACACAUGCUCAAAAUGAGCUAAUGGUGACAUUACUAUGCUGCCUUACAGCAUCAAUACCGAGCAAGGAGACUUGUGAACACUGCUCAAUACCAAGGUGUGUCAAACACGGCAAGUUCUGGACAGCGUAUUCAACACUGGUAAUACUUAUUUUAGGACAGAAUGUCAAUGUUAAGUCUGUCAGCGCCUUGCAGUGUUUCAAUGCAAACACCACACCAUCAUCAGUGAUUAACUGGGAACCAAAAUUAAAUUCCUCGAGAUUCCCCAGAUACUGUGACGCUGUCUUGAGGCCUUCGUCUGAGAUCUUACACCCUUCCAAACCAAUUGACAGCAAUCGAGGUAGUUCUUUUGAGACAUAAAUAAACCCUUUGUCUGUGGUUUUUGUAUGAUCCAAAGUAAGGUGACGAAGCUGUUUCAAGUUCUUUGCAAUGUCUAUCACACCUAGAGAAAUAGAUGAGAAAUUCAG